GGGUUUCUCCUGCCCCCAAGCGCUCCGACUCUACCAUGCCUAGGGGCUUCCUGGUAAAACGAACUAAACGGACAGGCUGCUCGUACCGAGUGCGCCUAGCCGAGAGGGUCUUCCCCCUGCUGGGGCCUCAGGGGGCGCAGCCCUUUCCCGAGGAGGCUUCCAGUGCUCCCCAGCCCAAUGUAGAGCGGGCGGCACCCCUGACCCCAGAUGAGGAGGCGGCCGGCGAACUGUUGGGGUCAUCCUGUCCGGCGGCCCGGGUGAGCCCAGGGGUAGGCGGGCGGGAAGGCGCGGAGUGGAGGGCCGAUGGCAGGGACGGUCUCGGGCCCAGCCCCAGCCCCACGAAGCCGGCGGGUGCGGAGCUGCGCCGGGCGUUCCUGGAGCGCUGCCUCAGCUCUCCAGUUUCCGCUGAGUCCUUUCCCGGGGGUGCCGCCGCCGUGGCCACCUUUUGCUCCGUGGCGCCAGCAGCUGCACCGACCUCGGGGGAACAGUUCAUGCUGCCGCGCCGGGCACCGUUCCCAGAGCCCGCGCUCCAUCCGGACCCCGCGCCCCUCUCCGCCACGCUGCACAGCCUGAAGCGGGCUGCCGGCGGUGAGCGCCGUGCUAAGGCACCUCCGGGCUGCGCAUCUGGGCCCGCGGCAGCUGGAGUCAAGAAGCCAAAAGCCAUGAGGAAGUUGAGCUUCGCCGAUGAAGUCACCACAUCCCCGGUCCUGGGCCUGAAGAUCAAGGAGGAGGAGCCGGGAGCGCCGUCCCGGGGCCUGGGGGGCAGCCGCACGCCGCUGGGGGAGUUCAUCUGCCAGCUGUGCAAGGAGCAGUACGCAGACCCCUUCGCACUGGCUCAGCAUCGCUGCUCCCGCAUUGUGCGCGUCGAGUACCGCUGCCCCGAGUGCGACAAGGUCUUCAGCUGCCCUGCGAACCUCGCCUCUCAUCGCCGCUGGCACAAGCCACGUCCUGUAGCGGCAAAUGCUGCCGCAGUCUCCUCAGCCGACGGGAGGCUGCCUCCUUCGUCGUCCUCUUCCUCCCCAGAUUCCGGGGCGAUUGCAUCUUUCUUGACGGAGGGGAAAGAGAGCAGUCGGGCAGAGCCAACUGCGGAUCAGCACCUGCAGGCCGGGGACAGCUCCGGGGCUGAGAAGCACCAGGACAGCGCCCCACAUCAAGGCCUCCAGGUGUUGUCCCACCCCGAACCUCCGCUGCCUCAGGUCCCUUAUACGGAAGGGGUGCUGGGGCGCCGGGUGCCUGGGUCGGGCAGUUCCAGUGGUGUCAGUGGUAUUGGGGGACCCGAGAUCUUCGUGUGCCCAUAUUGCCACAAAAAGUUCCGUCGUCAAGCCUAUCUGCGCAAGCACCUGGGCACUCACGAGGCGGGCUCAGCCCGCGCGCUCGCCCCUGGCUUUGGCUCUGAACGUGGCGCCCCACUCGCCUUUGCCUGUCCGCUGUGCGGAGCACACUUCCCAUCGGCAGACAUCAGGGACAAGCACCGGCUGUGGCAUGCGGUCCGGGAGGAACUGCUUCUGCCCGCCUUGGCCGGGGUGCCCCCUGAAGCACCUAGCCCAGACGGGGCACCCGACGGCCGUGCUCAGCAAAUUUUCUCGUGCAAGCACUGCCCGUCCACUUUUUUUAGCUCCCCGGGGCUGACCCGGCACAUCAAUAAGUGCCAUCCCUCAGAAAGUCGGCAGGUACUGCUGCUGCAGAUGCCACUGCGGCCGGGCUGUUAA